AUGGAUCAAACAACUCCAAAAGAUUUAAUUAAAAUUAGUACCGAUCAAACUGUUACUACAUUAACUACACAAACAUCUCAACCUAAACAAGUUAUAUUAGAUGAAGAUUCUUAUACCGAGGCAAUUAGUGAAAUUAUUAAAAGAGAUUUUUUCCCCUCUCUUAUAACUUUGGAAGCUCAGAAUGAUUAUGUCGAUGCUUUGGGUACGAAUGAUCCUGAUGUUAUUCGAGAAGCUACAAUUAAAUUAACCAAUUUGACAACACCAGCUAAUAAGACACCUGAAACUCCUUUAACAUCCAGACAAAUUGGAGAAUGGGACACACCAGCAUCUACAACCAGUAGAUCAACAAAUUUAUUUAAGGCUCACGAAUCCUUGGAGAAAAAUUAUGAUACAAACAUGUCUUUAGAUUCUUUUCAAACAAAAUAUACUAGCGAGGACAAUGCUUCAUAUCCUUUUAUUUCUUCUUUCGAUUGA